AUGAAUAUUAACGCUAUUUCUCCUGCAACACACGCUUUAUUAGUACCUGAAAUUUUGAAAAAUAUAUUUAGCCAUCUUUCUAAAGAUGAGGAUCUAUUUAAGAUUAUUACAGUCAAUCAUAUCUGGCGCUCUGAAGGGUUUCGAGCUAUCUGUAAUUUAUAUGCGUUUCGACUUAAUAAUUGGGUUUCUCAUUUUAAUAAUACUCUAUCAGCAUGGUAUAAAGGAAAGAUUUUAAAAUCUUGUCUUAAUGAUGGAUUUCAGUGUUUGGCAAGUAAUCAUUUACAAGUAUAG